GUUACCGAAAAUCAAAAUGGUAGGUUUAAUUUUAAUUUUAUUUUUCGAAAUACAUGUUUAAAAUUAAAUAAAUCCUACAUCCAACUAUCCAAAUCUAACAUUGUUGCAGGAGUAUGUGUUUUAGAUUGUUUGUAAGUUUUCUAAAACCUAUUAUUGCUUGAUCUAAAUUGCCUUGGUUAAGCGGAUGAUAGAUCCAAUGAUUUAAUUUUAACCAAUGGUUCAAUUGAUGAUAGAUCAAGUAAAUAAUUUGUAACAGGUAAUUUUUACAAACUUCUUUCAUCUGUGUAUGACCUAGUAACAUGAUAGGAUCCAUCCAAAUGUGUAUGCCUGUGUGAGCCUAUAUGUUUAAUUUCUGUUAUAGAUACAUAUAGGUUGUUGUUGCUAAAUAAAAUAUCAUAACUGAUAGAUUUUAUUUAGGCUCAUUUAGUAGUGAGCCUAUUCAAUUAAUAACAGUUGUUCAUUUUAAGGUUAAAUUCCUCUCUUUUGGGCCUUGUGUGAGAGUUGGGUGCCUUAGAAGUGGGUACGACAUACUGGACCCAACCCCCCCUCACAUGAACAACCCCAAUUGUGAAGGCCCAUUUGCCUGAUUUGGAUAACUGUGCUAGGUUAAUUAUAUUAGUUUGACCUAAUAAAAAAUUGAUUAGCAACAUAAUUAAUUUCAUUCUUCCUUGAAAUUAAUUUAAUAAAAACAUAGUUUGAAUAGUUAUAUUCUGGAAAACUAUAUGUAUUUUUCUUGUUUUUAAUUAAAUAUGGAAUUAUAACCAUAUAAAUUCUUUCUGAAUCUUAAUUUUAUAAUUUCAUUAAAUAUUCCUAUUUAAGUUGAGAUUUAGUUAAAUCUAUCAAAUCAACUUAGAUUUGAAUAUUUUUGAAUUUCCUAUUAUAAAUUAAGUUGAGGAAUUUUAGGAAUUGGUUAUUAAGAUUCUUUAGAUAUUUUUUAAGUUGAUAUUUUAUAAAUAUGAGAACUUAAAAUGGAAUAUCUUCUAAAUUAAGUGGUUACUACUUAAUUGGUGAUAUUUAAUUAAGUCAUUGAUUGAAGAAUAUUUAAGUUGGGUAUUUAGAUUUUUCUAAACAACUUAAAUAAGAUAUUUUUCAAAAUUAUUCCAUUUUUGAAAUUUAAUUAAAGUUUUUACUUUAAUUUGUAAUAUUUCAUUAUUGAGAUAUGGAAUAUAAAUGAUUAAACAAAAUACAUAUUUUUUUUUUAAAUAAUGAGCUUUAAUAAAGAGAAAUUCGAUCUCCAUUGUUGGUUUUACAUAGCUAUUGUUUUAGUGAGUAAUCCUCCCUAAUGGAGGAACGUUCAUUAGCAAGUUAGCGUCGUUUAAUCUCGAAAGAUAAGUAUUCUUAUAAGUUUUUUUUAUAUGGUUUAUGACCAUCCUAAUGGUGGCGACUGUAUAAGACUUACAAGAGUGCGAAACAAUGGUAGAAGCUCAUAAGAUAGAAUUUCCUUGACUCUCGCCUAAACGGGACAACGCUGAAUUCCAAUCUUGAUCGAAUAAAAGGUUGCUAGAAUGUUUGACAUUUUAGAUGAAUUGACAACUCUAUUCAAUGGAUGAUGCUUUGACUCUCGCCUAAACGGGACACUGUAUCAGUUCGUUGGAAACCUUGGAAAAUAAACUAUGUUAGAUUUAGUAUUUUUAUAACAUAUGUGAUUAUUUGUUUUCUGAACCUGUGUAUGAAUUUAUAGAACCAAAACCUUACUUCUGUUUAUUGAUAUGUUGUAGUGCCAAUAUGAAUAACCCUCAUCCUGAUCCACUCCUAGUUAGUAUCUUUGCAAAAGAACUCAAUAGUGUGAAAAUGCAUCCUGGUAGUUGCAUUAACUUGCACCUAUUGUUGAUGAAUCUGAAAUUCCAAAAGGCAAAUCUACUAGGAAUUGAUUUAUCAAGGGAACAAUGGGUAAGACUCAUACUUAAUAGUCUUCCUCAGGAGUAUGAUAGUUUUGUUCUAUAUUACUUAUUGAACAAUCCUCACUCCUCCGACAUGGACAAACUCGAGACUGAGUUAAGGGUCCAUGAGCGGAAUAUGAUUGCAAUGGGACCUCCUGGUAUUGCAAACUUUAAUCAGAGGAAGAAGAUUAAGCAUGAGGGCUCUAACAAAGCUGCUUCUUCAAGUACAAUUAUCAGACAUCAUGUUCUAUGUGUGAAUUGUAAUGGAAAGGGACAUAAAGAAGAACAAUGUCUCAGGCUUCUAGACAAUUCAAACGAAGCUGCUUGAAACUUGGGAGAAUCUUCACCCAGAUAAGUUAAAGCUUAAGGUUGGAAAUGGCGAGUUGGUAUCAGUUAAAGCAAGAGGAACAACCCGAAUCAAGUUUAAUUCUAAGAAGUUUUUACUUUUAGAGAAUGUUUUAUAUAUUCCUAAUUUUAGUAGAAACUUGAUUAGCGUUUCAUGUUUACAAACACUUUAUUAUAUAUUGAAUUUUUCGAGUUCAAAUU